ACUUUUAUAUCUGUUCUCAGUUAUUUUUACCUUUACUGCAAUAAUGUAUAGGUUAGGAGUAGUUGUAGCUUUUCUUUACAUCGCUGGUCUCGCAACAGCUCAGCUACCUCCACCAGAAAAGCUUGUAGCUUUUUCAGAAUAUGACGGUGCUCUUAUCCGAUUUGAACCAGUAGAAGGAGCCAUUGGAUAUCUGGGAGUAUUAGGAGCAGAAGAGUCGUCAUCCGUCGAAAGUCCCGACCCUCAGUUAUAUUUUGGAAAUCUCGAGGCGCUAACAGAAUACACUGUAUUUGUUUCUGCAAUCGAUGAAGAUGGAAAUGAAGGAGAACCAUCUUUUUAUGUGUUCACCACAGGCGUCGGUGAAAUUACAAACUUCAAGGUUGUGACUGUCUCUGCAUCUCUGAUGACAUUGGAAUGGGACCCCAUGAACGGAGUUGAAAGUUACAUUAUUGAUCCAAUUGAAGACACAUCAAUGCCUCCAAUCCAAUUGGUCAAUACAUCAGAUACAGCUGAUAUUCCAUCAAUUCCAAGCGUUCGUAUGACCGGUGAUGCCAGUGCAAGGCUAACUGGUUUAAGACCCAUGACUUAUUACAAAAUAUCAAUUCGUGGAUUGCAAGGUACUGACUUGGGUCCAACGUCAACAAUCAGGGCAAGGACUGAUGGACAAGGACUUGUUUUAUACAAUUUAUGGGAAGAUCACAAUGGAGUUGUUAUUGGUGGCUCAGGAACUAUUUUCAAACCUUUAGAUCACCCAGAUGGACCGUACUCCAUACUCGUAGAAUUUCCAUGUGAACUUGAAAAACUUGAGGUGUGGGAAGCGAGACUUGACAACACCACUGACCUUGGACCAGGUAUAUUCAAUCUUCUUCAAGAUGAAAUUUGGAUGCAGAAUAAGAAUGAAGUCGGAUUUAACUUCUACACAGUGUACAAUGAAACUACUUUUGAAUCUGAUUGUGACUUCGAUCCAAAAGCCAUUGAAGUAACUUAUGGAAGUGACGCAGUACCGAAAGAAGCAACCUUUGAAUUUGAUAUUCCAUAUGACAUAAGUGACUGGGGCGGUGCUGGAAUCCUCACUCUUAAACUGGAUGAAAUCUUUCGAAACCCAAAUCAGGCUGCCGAAGAAGGAGAUACCAGAGAACCAAAACCCGAUCCUUCAAGAAUGGCGAUUCAAAUCGCCCUGGGAGCAAACUGCUCUGCGUUGACUAUGCAGGACUGUUGGAAUAUAGACAGAGUAUAUAACGCUACCGUUGAUUCUGGGGACGAUACUUACUACUUUGUUCAACCUCAAAGAAUCUGGUGGACUAACGACAUUGGAAUUGUGAUCUCGUUCAACGAGGCUUUAUGCCCAGAUCCAGAAAGUCUUGAAGUUUUUGUUUUAUCGGGGGGAACAUUAGUCGAUGAACUUCAUGAGAAUUAUGAACUUCAAGAAGUGAAAGAUACAUGCGUAGAUGAUCCGUUCGAAGAUGAAUUUGUAUAGACCUCUAGAUCAAAUUGAUUACUUUGGACGUAUUUUACAGAAUAUUGAUUGAUUUCACCACCAAAAAUCAAAUAUACCUAUAUCGUUAUUGAAAGUAUUUCCCACUCUUUGGACUAUUGUUAAUCGGAAUCCGUCCCUGGACUGAUAUUUUCUAUUUAUACAUAUAUACUAUGAUUUUCUGUGGAAGCCAUUUUGCAAAUAUUAUUUUGUAGGUAAAUGAUAGAAAAAGUCUGCACUUAUUUGACCAUUUUCUUAUAAUACUUCGAAAAUAAAAUUUAUCUCUUA